CGUAGUGCGGUGAGCAUUGGUCUACGCGCAGUUUCGUAUUUUUGUGUUACAGUGAUAAUUUACCAAAAUAACAAAAGAACCCCUAAAGAAUGGCGGAGCAGAACUCGUCGCUGCUGGAGCCAGGCGUGAAUAUUCGGCCGGUGAUCGACCAGGACGGUGUCAAGAUGCUCGCUGAGCGGCUCUACGGCAUCUGCGUGCUCGAGCUUAAGGAGCUGAAUGGCUAUGAUGACAAGAAUUUCCACAUCAAGGAAGAUCCAAACGUGAAGAACCCGCUCAUCAUGACGCACUGCCCCAACGGAUACGUGCUCAAGAUCAUGAACGCCAUGGAUUCUCAAAACCUUGCCGUCGUCGAGGCACAAAACGAAAUUAUGAAUUUCUUGAGCACCCGCUCCGUGACCUGUCCGAAGCCAAUCCGUAACGUAUUCGGACACAUGUUCUCGACCGAGAUUAUCAACAAUAAGCAGCACGUCGUGCGGCUGCUGGAGUACGUCCCUGGAGAGCUGAUAAAGGACGCUCCGAAGACCGAGGCUCUUUUCUAUCAGCUGGGAGAGUUUGUGGCUAACUUGGACGGCAAGUUGCAGAACUUCAACCACUCGGGUUUGGUGUCCCGCGAACACAUGUGGAUGCUGACCAAAGUGCCUGAGCUCGACAAGUUCAAGUACGUCAUCAAGGACCAGGACAAACUCGAUCUCGCAGAAGAGGUGAUUGAGGAGUUCAAGUAUGCGGUGGUGCCACGACUGGACGAGCUGGAGAAAGGGGUCAUUCACGGAGACUUCAACGAAAUGAACGUACUGGUCGCGAAGAAGCCGGGAGGCGGAUCAUCAGACUACCGCAUCGCAGGCAUAAUCGAUUUCGGGGACAUCCAGUACUCGUACUACGUGUUCGAGGUGGCCAUUGCGAUGACGUACAUGAUGCUGCUGACCGGGGAUCCUCGCACCGGCGGCUACGUCUUGGCAGGAUACACGGUCACCAGGAGAUUGCCCGAUGAUGAAUACCGUCUGCUCAAGAUUCUUGUCUCUGCCCGUCUAGUCCAAAGCCUGAUCCUCGGAGCGUACGCUAAGGAGCAGGACCCCAACAACACUUACGUGAUUUCAACGGAGAAAGCCAAUGGGUGGGAACUCCUUCGUAAAAUCAGAAAAUCCAAACCCAAUCCUGAAGUAACCGACCCUACUGACUGGAAGACCAUUGCUAAUGAAUACUUGACAAGGAGUUAAAUAACGGUUUAUAUACUCGCUAAGUACUAAGUGUUAUUGAUUGCACUUCACUAUUUCACUUUUUGUAAAUUUUGAAAGAAGUAUUGGAUUUAAAAAUCAUUCACUUUAAAUUUCUGGCAUUUUAUAGAAACUAUAAAUAGGAUAGAUGAUUAUUUUGAUGAUACUAUUAUCAAAUCAUUAUUCAACUUAAAAUGCAACAAUUUGUUUAUACACUUUGUAUGUAUAUGUCUUUGGUCGCAACUUAUACAAUUCACAUAGCGUAUAUUUUUUUUU